ACCACCGGUAGCUUUGUGGGAUAAACGUUAAAUGUGCAGCCAUGUGCCUCCCACGGUCACGUCAGUGAGACAGGAACAAGGACACACCGUAUUGUACUGUGGCAUAACGCUGUUCAUCUCGUUGGUUAUGCAGCAAUACUUUUAUUUUCUCAGGAUAGGAACGUUUCUGAUUGCUAUUUCUUUAACACUGCCAGCGGUGAUUUCACUACUUGGAUAAAUCGGGAUAAAUUGAUUUCGUCUAUUGUUGCUCCAGAUUGAUGCUUUCAUUCACGUGUGUGUGCUGGUGACACUUUUUCAUGGAGAUGCAGGUGGUGCAGCGGGCCAGGGAGACCUUCCUUACCAGGAGGUCGCGACCCCUGGAGUUCAGAGUUCAGCAGCUCAAGUCCCUCCAGAGGAUGAUCACAGACAGACAGGGAGAGAUUGCCACCGCCCUCAAACAGGACAUCAACAGGAGCCAGUACGACACUCCGCUGUUGGAGCUGAUCGGCCUGGAGAAUGAGAUUAGCCUGGCUGUGUCGAAGCUGGCGCAGUGGGAUGCUCCUCGGCCAGUAGAGAAGAGCCUCCUCACCAUCUCAGACCAGGUGUACAUCCAGCCAGAGCCCCUGGGAGUGGUCCUCAUCAUUGGGGCCUGGAACUACCCCUGGGCCCUCACCCUGCAGCCCCUGGUCGGGGCCAUCGCUGCUGGCAAUGCUGCUGUGGUGAAGCCAUCUGAGCUGAGUGAAAACUCUGCUAGUCUCCUCAAAGCUCUGCUCCCACGAUAUCUGGACCAGGAGCUGUACCCUGUAGUGUGUGGGGGCGUCUCAGAGACCCAGGAGUUGCUGCGUCAGCGUUUCGACCAUAUCUUCUACACAGGGAACAGCACUGUGGGUAAACUGGUGAUGGAGGCCGCAGCCCGACACCUCACCCCCGUGACCCUGGAGCUGGGGGGGAAGAGCCCCUGUUACAUCGAUAAGAACGUCGACCUCAGAGUUGCAUGCCGGCGUAUCACCUGGGGGAAGUUUGUGAACUGCGGUCAGACGUGCAUUGCCCCAGACUACAUCCUGUGUGAACCCAGCAUCCAGAACAGGGUGGUGGAGGGCAUCCGGCAGACACUACUGGAGUUCUAUGGGCCCGACCCCAAAUCCUCCCCUGACUAUGGCCGCAUCAUCAACCAGCGCCACUUCAACCGCGUGAUGGCUCUACUGGAUGGCUACACAGCGGCGCUAGGUGGCCAGAGUGACUCAUCACAGCGCUACAUUGCCCCCACGGUGGUGAAGGACGUGCCCCCCUAUGCUAGGCUGAUGCAGGAGGAGAUCUUCGGCCCUCUGUUGCCCAUAGUAACCAUCAGCGACGUAGAUGACGCCAUCCACUUCAUCAGUGAGAGAGAGAAGCCCCUGGCGAUCUACGUGUUCUCCUCCAACAAGAAGGUGAUAAAGCGAAUGCUGGCUGAGACUACCAGUGGCGGGGUGACAGUCAACGACGUUAUGAUGCACUACACCCUCAACUCUCUGCCCUUUGGGGGUGUAGGUCAGAGUGGAACAGGCAGGUAUCAUGGAAAACACACCUUUGAUCAGUUCAGCCACCAUCGAGCGUGUCUGGUCAAGUCCUUGGGCAUGGAGAGGGUCAACAUGCCGCGGUACCCACCCCAGAACCACCAGAAGGCUCGCAGGGUCAGGCUGGCCAUGAGGACCCCACUGGUUGACUUCUCCAAGGGCACCUACAUCUGGGCCGUGACGGCGUCCAUUGUGGCUCUGGGACUCCUGGUCGUCCUGACUGUGAUUCUAAUACUAGCGGCCGGCGUCAGCUGCACCUGUUGGUGAUUGAUGGAUAGAUACAGGGGGGUUCGUGGGGUUCGGGGGGGGUUGCAUUUUUGGAAUCGUUCACAAAAAUUCCCUAGUUUUCCAAAAAUCCUGUUUGGAAGAUUUCUGAUAUCCCGCUUCUUCACUUAUGAUUACGGGAAUAUUCCUGCCUGGGUUUCUCAGGAAAGCCUGAGAAUCUUGGGAAAGAGUCGAGACACAGUGGACUGUGGUAUUAAUACAUUAAUGUCAAGGCAUUAUGUGAGUAUUAUUGAUUUGUUUGUCCAUGUCUUCCUUUUCUAUUAAUUCUGUGGUAUGAAUUUGUAUCUAAUGAGUGUUUAUCCGUUUAUUUUUUAUUUUUUUAAUGAUAUUAUAAAAUACUAUUUAUGCAGUUCUCUCACUUAACAACAGUUCAAAAGAUGAGGUAGACUAAUCAAUGAACAACCAUGUCUUUAGUGCAGUAGGUCUAAUGUUCUGCUCUCAUAAACCUUUGAUGAAUAUGCCCCAGUGUUACAGAAAUGUUGUUGUCACUUUCCUUUUAAAGUGGAUAGUGGUACUAGAGGGGUAAAAUGCAGCUGUCAGCUUUGUUUUUAUUCUCCUACUGCAGCUGGUAGCCCUGCCUGGUCUGUACAAUAAUGUCAAUUCAAUCUUUAUUGUUCUAUUCUG